UGGUGUAAGUGCUGUCAGAGCUCUUCAGAAACUCUGCCAUGAGCUCAAAACGACAACAUGUCGAGUGUGUUAACACAAAGGAGAAGAAGAAGAAGAAAAAGACGAGUGAAGAAACAGCACAUCUGUCUGCAGCUGUGGAGGAUGAGGAGGUGAAGAGCGCAGUGAAGGAGGCGUGGAGCCGUAAGACGCACUACAGCCAUGGUGAUGUGGAGUUGGACUGCCAUCCUUUCCCUCACUGCAUCAUCAAGAACUUCAUCCGCAACGAGACCUUUGUAGAGAACCUGCAGAGAGAGCUGAUGGGGCUCAACUUCCACGAGAAGUCCAACGAUCUUUACAAAUUCAAACAGUCAGAUGAUUUGAAGAAGAGGACAGAUCCACACAUUACAGGCCUGAGAUCCGCACUGUUUGGGCGUUUCCGUUCCUGGCUUGGGGAGGUGUUGGACGUAGAACUGGAGCCCACAGUGGAUAUUUCUUGUGCCAGAUAUGAAUAUACAGAUGUUCUCUUGUGUCAUGAUGAUGAAUUGGAGGGGAGGCGCGUCGCUUUCAUUCUGUAUCUUGUGCCUCCAUGGCAGAGCAGUGAUGGGGGAACCCUGGACCUUUACUCAACAAACAGUGAUUUCCAGCCCCAGAGCAUAGUGAAGUCUCUCGUACCCUCUUGGAACACGCUUCUCCUCUUCGAAGUUUCUCCCGUCUCCUUUCAUCAAGUGUCUGAGGUUUUGUCACAGGACAAGUGUCGUCUGUCCAUGAGUGGCUGGUUCCACGGGCCGUCUUUAGAACGUCCUCCGCGUCAUAUAGAGCCCCCCAUUCCACGGAACCCGCACUUACCGAGAGACGAGACAUUGCUGCUGGAGUGGGUCAACCCUGUCUACCUGGAUAUUUCCUAUCAGGAGCAGAUUCAGGAGGAGUUUGAGGACAGCUCUGAAAUUCAGCUCAAAGAUUUUCUCAAGGAGGAGAAAUUCAAGCAGGUGAGCGAGGCACUACGACGUACUGAGAUUCAGUGGAUGAGGAGAGGUCCAGCCAAUAAGAGAUACUACGAUGUGGCUUCUCUUGAGACCUGGCCUCAGUGCGUGAGUGCAUGUUGGGAGCUGCUUCAUUCAGAGGCUUUCUUCCUGCUUCUCUCCAACUUCACGGGCCUUCGAUUACACUACCUGUGUCCUGCUGACGAUGACGAUGAUGAUGAGAAUAAAGAUGAAAAAACAGAGAAAAAGGAGCAAGGCGAUGGAGAGGCCACAGGGUCUUCGACUGAAUCAAUAGCAGCAGCAGCAGCAGCAACAAAUAAAAGCAAAGACUCAGAGCUGAGUACACCUCAAUGUUGUGGUGAACUGCGUCGAUGGUCUCACGGCGGCUACACUUUAUUACAUGAUGGAGAAGCAGCGCGGGCAGAGUACGCUCUGGACCUUGUUUUGCCUUUCGGCUGUGCAGACUGGCAGUCAGAGUUUGGAGGCUACACGUGUUAUGUUGCUAAUGAAGAGGAUGAGGAACUGCUGACAGUAUAUCCAGAGGAUAACUCGCUCGCCUUGGUCUACAGAGACAAGGAAACCCUCAAAUUUGUCAAACAUGUCAACCACAAAAGCUGCUGUGAUUCUGCUAGCAGAGAAUUUUAUGACUUCUCUUUUGUGUAUUAUGAAUAAAUAUGUACACAUA